CGCCAGCGGCGCCACUUCUUCACUUACGUCAAAACACUUUACGACGCCGUGCGCGGUGGCAGUGGUUGCUGCGGUGAGGCUCUCGGUGACUGCCGGGUCCCGGCCUUACACACGGAUUUCUGUGUGUCCAGCAAAGUCCACUUUUCAAAUCAUGGAGGCAGAGCAGAUCAUGGAGGGACAGCCACAGGUUCCAGAAAAUCCCCACUCUGAAUAUGGCCUCACUGAAAAUGUAGAGAGGAUAGUAGAAAAUGAGAAAAUAAAUGCAGAGAAAACAUCGAAGCAGAAAGUGGAUCUUCAGUCGUUGCCCACACGUGCCUACUUGGAUCAGACAGUUGUACCUAUCUUACUACAAGGACUCGCUGUGCUUGCAAAAGAGAGACCACCAAAUCCCAUUGAAUUUCUAGCAGCAUAUCUCUUAAAAAACAAGUCACAAUUUGAGGACCGAAAUUAACUCCAUAAAAACGAGGACAGUUUGGCUGCUAGACUGAAAUGUUCAUUUGCCACAGUUUGUUUUCUGCUGUAAAAAUCCUUUGGAAGUUUGAUGUUGUCUUUCUUAAUCACACAGUUUGCUUUACCUUUUGAGUUAUUUAAUAAAGAACACUUUACUUUUAAUUUGUUCACUUGUUUUAAACCAGUUAUUAAGAGACUUUCAAAAUAAAGUACAGAAACUGCA